CGAGAUUCACACAACGAUACAAGACAACGGAUGUUAGUGUUACCGCCUAAGCAAUAUCAACACAACUCAUUUUGAAAUAGUAUAAUCGUAGUUAAAGCAAUAAACUUAUUGUAAAACCCACACAUGCACUUGAACUAUAUUAAGAUUUUCAGAAAAUAAAAUAACGGAAGUAAAAAGAAGUGACUUAUUUUAUAAGGCGUUCUAGUUUAAAACUUAUAAACGAAUAAGCAGUUGUGGAUUAUCUUACGGCUGACAUUCGGUUCUUGUAUUUGGACCUUAUUUUCGUACGUACUAAACAUUUAGCGGCGGCGGAUCUAGGACUUGACGUUAAAGAGGUGUAGGCGGUUUAUUGGUGCGCACCCUCAUCAAGAAAAAAAAAGAAAUAAAACCGUGGUUUCGGGGACUAUCUACGGAAAGAAUGUCUGGUGGCGCCACAUCAGGUGCGAGCAGUUGUGACCCAUCAAGUGGGGAGAAAAACAUGUUUAGAUUAACUGUCAAACAUGAAAUCAAAGACCCUUGCUUCUCCCUCUCUUUGGAUCAAAUAAUCGAAGAAGAAAAAACACUUGAGUACUACAUGCGUUCUACUUGGGACAAAUACCCGAAGGUGUUUACAACUUACUCGACCACCUAUUUUAAAGAUAAAGGCUACUUUAUUGACUCAAUAAACGGCGUGGCCGGCGACUGGGACACUGAUAGGUCAUUUUGGGAAAUACUGAACUUUGGUCAACCUCUGCAUGUUGGAGUGAGUUUUUAUGUCCCAAAACCGGGCGAUAACAUCGUAUUCAACUUCACCAAAUCCGAAACAGAGAACUGUACUGACCAAGAAACAGCAACAGAGACACCUUCAAACAUGAGCUCCGAUGCGCUGGACGUGUCUACGACAAACAUACAAGGAGCAACCAAGACUGGACCGAAUUUUAGAUACACAGUGCGCAACCAGAGAGUGGAACCCGCUUUUUUAUAUUCUAUUCGCAUGAGAAUUGAAGACAAUCAGCCGCUGAUUUACUAUAUGGAGAAGGCAUGCGACAAAGAACCCGAGAAAUUCAAGUACUCGGCUACGUACUUUCCAGAACUUGGCUACUUUAUUGACUCAAUAAAGGGCGUGGCCGGCGACAGGAAAACUCAUAAGUCAUCUUGGAAAAUAUUUAACUUCAGCCAACUUUUGAAUGAGGGUGUAAGCAGCUACAUUCCCUGUCCUGACGACGAAAUCACCAUCAAUUUUGAAUACGAAUAAGACUCUUUACCAAACCAUGACAAAACGGCUGCACCCGCGAACAAUCGCAACUGUUCCUGCAAGGUCUCAAUCCAGGGCUAGCAUGAUCUGGUUUAACCCCCCAGUAAAUUUAUAUUUUACUGACCGUUCCAAGGCGGUACCUAACCAUUCUUGAUAAACAUACCUAUUUUUUAUAUAUAUAGUAUGUAUGCACUAUGCUGUUUGUGGAGUUUUUUGCGCUGUUCUUCCAUGUUUCUUGUUUGUGAUUUUAUGUUCUAUGUCUUUGGCGUUUACCCAGUGCCACUAACCCGGGUUUAUGUUUAAACGUUUUGCUACUGAGCUUGUUUCUGUAGCUCGAAGUAGCCUAAUAUUGUAACAACUUUUGUUACGACAAUGGUUCAAAUAUUGAAAUAAGAGACAACGAAAAAUCUCGCGAUGAAAAUCAAAUACUUGUUUUAUAGCUAUAACCCAUUACCAAUUUUGGGGAUUAGAUCUAUGGGGGGCAUUCAAUUUGCAAUUUAAUCUGUUCUUAUGGUUAUCCAUCAUCGAUUUCAAUCACGUUGAAGUCCGUUAUUUUUUUAUCAUGCAAUCCUAUUAGCUGCAUUUUCUUAGAUCCAAUGAAGCGAAAUAUUAAGUAUUACCUCUUGUCAAUCAACUCGGUAAAUGUAACUGUUAGGAAAAUUUCUGCUUUAAUUUGACUUGUUUUUUGUCUUUGGUUCUGUCUGUGAGUCGUUAUUUAUCCUCCAAAACCCUGAUGCGGACAUUUCACAUUCACACUCAACAAACUGUAUAUUAUUUUGCAUAUAAAUAUAUAUUGUUAUUUUGUGUGUUGUAUAUAUCAUAUUACGGUUACAACAAUUGUUUGUUUUCCUUUGUUGUUUUCUUUUUUCAUUUUAAUUUUCUUUAGAAUAAGCUUUUAAAGUCUAGCAUUGGUUAUGGUACAUAUUGCUACGGAAGAUUUGGCAAAGAAUAGACUUUAUUAAAAACAAUAAGGACUUCAAUCAAUCUUUACCUUUACUAAUUGGAGAUUAAAUCCAUACAAUUGUAAAUUUAACCAUUAUUUUACACUUGUAGAACUCUCCUCUCUGCUUGAUUUAUUCCGGAAAUGGACCCUUCAGUUACAACGAAAAACAACCAUACAAUAGCCGGUUACACUACUAUUUGAAGCGUUACUCAGCAUCUGUCAAAACCAAGCAUUAUUCCUAACAAUAUGAUAAAAACAUAAAUAUAACCCAAACUGUUUUAUUUAGAUUAAAACGGUUUUAGUACAUAUUUAAAAAUAAGACAUAUGAAAAACCUGUUAAAAUAUGUUAAAAUAAUAGAUACAUAAUAACUCAUGUAGCCGUACCUAUUGUGCUUUAUAGAUUAUGUAUGCUAAUGCUGUCCCUAUGAUGGGUCUUUUUGCUUUAAAAUUUGUGAAAUAAAAGAUGAAAGUUGAAAGGACUUAGCGUAAAGCCGUAUAGCUUUGUUUGACAACUGAUGUGCUCUGUUUGAUUGAUCAUUUUAAACUUUACAAUUGAAUAAUGUAUUCCAUUAUUAGUUAUUGCAAAUUGAAGCAAUGAAAGGAGCAGGGUAUACGUAAAUUAACUCUGUGUAAAUUUAAUUGAGAUUUCGGAGUGUUUCACACAGUAUUUUGCUUAAAGCUAGUAAUCAUAUUUAUAUAUUUCUAAUAAAUAUCUAACAUAGUGGCCUAUAUUGGUUUGAUCUUUUUGUUGUUAAUUAAUGGAAUUAAUAAAGUGACAUUAAAAAUGUA